UUUUUCUUUUCAAAAAAACAAAAAAAAAAUAUCUUUUUUUGUUUCUGGAUUGGCCUUCUUUUUCAAUGAAGAAGAUAUUUGUAAAACUUUCCUCUCAAUUUGAAUUCGAUUAAUAAUUCUUCUGUUUGAUAUAAAUUUUAUAUAUUUUUUUGCUUGAUUUUAUUCGCGAUUUCUGUUUCGUUCGUUUUUUUUUUUGCUGCUAUUCGUUUGUUGGCCGCAAUUUCUCGCUUCGUCAUCAGCGUCAGCAUCGUCAGCUACAGCUUUAGCCAGCUUCAACAACAACAACGUUCACAAUCUCUGUGGUCUCUGCUGGCUGGUUGGAGAUUUUUAUAAAAUCUUUUUUUUUUGUUGUUGUUGUUUUGUUUUUGCAUUUUAGAGAUACAAGAUACGACCACUCACUGUUUUCGUCGUUGUUUGUUUUUGUGUCGGCCGCGCGGCUCGUUUACGGAAUAGUUUUUACUGGUUUUUUCCUGAUCCUUUUUCUGUUGGCAGUUUAUACAGAGUCUAUAGUCUUGUAUAAUAGUGUUGUCGUCCCUUUAUUUUGCUGCUGUGUGUGUUUUGGUGUGACCUUUAACAUUUAUUUCCAUUUUUUUAUUGCCGUAAUUUAAGCUGUUUUUUUUUUCUGAUUUUGGCUUUAACCAAGAUUUACACACUGACAACGCGGGUUUAAAUUUGAAUUCAAACAAAAUUCAGUUCCGUUUCCGCUUUAACCACAAUAUCCUGUGUGCAUCAAAUUGAAAUAAGGAAGACAAAUCAUUUUAUUUUAUAUAUAUUUUGUAUUGAAUAAGAAAAUAUAAAAAAAUUAAAGUCUUCCACAAAGAGAAAAAAGUUUCAAAAAUUCUGUGCUGUGUUGGUAAAAAAGUGUCGUGUGUUUCUGUUGAAUUUAUAAAAAUUUGAAUUAAAACAGAAAAAAAAAACAACGUGGAUAUAAAUAAAUAUUUUUUGGAUUAUGAUUAAGCAGAUUACAAAUAUUUAUUGAAAAUUGGCGGAACGACAUCAAACUGCGAUAGCAGCAGCAAACAGCAGAAGUUAAAACACUUGGCGUAUGGGGGGCGGGAUAUCAACACCUCCAAACUAUUCCAAUCAGCUAUUCAGUGGAUUUUUAAUGAUAAACCCCGGCUAAAUUUUAUUCAGAAUGUGUUAGAGUCAUUUCCCAUUAAAUUGUUAUUUUUUUAAUUUAAUUAAAUUUUUUUCUUUAAAUUUUUUAAAUGUGAAAGUUUCAAAAGAAAUUAAGUGAAAAGUUUCAAAAAAACCAAGUUCUUGUGAAAAAAAGUUUAAAAAAAAUCAAAGAAAAAUCCUUUUUUUAUUGUAAAACAGCGCAAGUGUGGAAGUCAUACUGUUAAUUUGUAAAAAGAUGUUGCGAUCGCCCACACAUCUUGUGGGACAUGGUCCAACAUCUCAUACAGCCAACUCAUCCCCAAACAAUGGUAGUCACAACUCGCAUCAUCUACAUCAUCAAAAUGGUGUUGGCGUUGGAGUUGGUGGUAUAGGAUCGCCAUUACAUCGUAACCAUCAUACAAAUGGUACAGCAACUAAAACAACGAAUGGAUUUAAAAAUGGAUUUUUACUAAACGGUGGUGCUAUUAGCGGUAAAUCAUCGCAACAUAAUAAUAAUAACAAUAAUACUAGCAACAAUAAUAACCACCAUCAUAAUAAUAUGACAUCGCCAGCUGCAUCGGCAAAUUCUUCAGCUUCGUCAUUAAUGACGACAGGGGGAGCCACUAACACAGCCAAUCAUCAUCAUGGUGGUGUUAGUGGAUCAACAACAACAACACAAACAACAACACGAACGUCAUUAUUUGACUCGUGUCAUCGGAAAAUACGUCUAAUUGGUGGCGGACCCGUGGCGUUCCUUGGCGGACUUGUUGCAAAAGCCCGUCGCAAAGAACGGGAUGGCGAUCAAAAUGCAUCAGAUACAAAAUUAUACCUAGAAGAGAGUGUUUUAGAGCGUAAACUACCUGAAGCUGAUCUCAAAGCCUUAGUUGAUCUUCCAGCUGGUUUAGAUUAUAAUGAAUGGCUAGCGUCGCACACACUGGCACUUUUCGAACAUGUUAAUCUAGUUUAUGGAACAAUUAGUGAAUUUUGUACACCAUCCGGAUGUCCGGAUAUGACUGGGCCUGGCAAUAGAACGUACUUAUGGUUCGAUGAAAAGGGUAAAAAAACCCGCGUUGCUGCACCCCAAUAUAUCGACUAUGUCAUGACAUUUACCCAAAAAACAGUCAGCGACGAGUUAAUAUUCCCAACCAAAUACGCCAACGAAUUUCCAAAUUCGUUCGAAUCGAUCGCCCGUAAAAUUCUACGCUUGCAAUUUCAUGUGAUAGCUCAUCUAUAUGCGGCGCAUUUCCGAGAAAUCGCCCUCCUAGGAUUACACACACAUUUAAAUUUAACCUUUGCCCAUUUGACGGCCCUGCACAGGCGCUUUAAUUUAAUCGACGAAAAAGAAACAGAUGUGCUGCGUGAUCUCGAAGUGGCGUUACGCCUAACCGAUGACGGAAGUAAUUCCAGCGAAACAGCAUCCUCACAAACCGGUGGUGGGUCAUCAUCGGCGACGGGAGCGGGAUCGGGUGGAUCAUCAUCAGCGACAGCGACAGUUCAUCAUACGGGAGCAGCUGUCACAACGAUGACAGGCACUGUCACCGGUGCCAGUGAGGAUGUCAAUUUGUUGCAAUCGGGUCGUCUAAUUGAUGGUGAUGCGAUGGCACAGCCCAUUUGCACGCAGCCCGAAGCCAAGAAAGGUCUGAAUAGUGAGCAAUCAGAUAUUCGAGGCGGUGCUGGGGGCGGUGGCGGACUGAUGGGCGGGAUUUUGGGGGAUUUUAAUACAAGUGAAUUCGGUGAUAUGCGAACGGGCGGCGGAACUAGUGGCUACUGUAUUGGCGGUAGCACAACAGCAAAAAGCAGCCAUAUUGGCUAUAAUAAUAAUCAUCACAACGGUAGCACACACAAUAUGUUGCAAUGCAAUAGCAGUAGUAAUAAUAGUAGUAAUAAUUCUCCUACACCUCAACAACACCACACUUCGCAUACAACAACUGCAUAGUUUUUUGCAACUAUCAAUAAAAUUAUAUUAAACUAUUAUGGGCAAACACCAAAAGAUGGCGUUGUUUUGCACUCUCUUUACUAUUACGUUUUUUCGUUAUUUUUUUUUUUUUUAUUUUUUUGUUUUAUUUCUAUUUUUUCAAAAUGAAACAAUUUAAUUGUUAAAAUAUUUGUCGUAAAUGUAAACAAAAAAAAAUAAAAACUCACAUAAAAUUAUUGAUAACAAAAAAUAAAAAACACACAUACACAACAAUUUGAAAAUUACGAGUAUCUAAAGUUUAUUUUUUCAAAAAAAAAAAAAAAAACAAAAUUUAAAUAAAAAAAAAAACUAACUAAAUAUACAAAACAAAUUGUUAAAAACCACACUUGUGUUUGCUGAAAAAAAAAAACAAAGAAAAAAUAAAAAGUGUUUCUGUUUUUAAGUUAACACUCAAAUUUUAAAGAAAUUAAAAAGAAAAAAACAAAAAAAAAAAAA